CACACACAAAUUAUCAUUUCUGAAACAGCAGUUUCCAGUUUCAUGGCUGUCUUCAAAAAGUGUUUGGUCUUUCUGUUAGUUCUUCUUACAGCCUUUGCGCUUCAAAUCAUCUUCUUCUCACCAAUAUCACCAGACAUACUUGAACUACCAUUAACAUCACCUUCAGCUUCAGUUCCUCCAUCAAACAACCAGUUACAGAAAGUGAUUAAACUUGGAGAAGGGUUGUUGGAAGGUCCGGAGGAUGUCGCGGUGGAUGAAGACGGCGCGUUGUAUACGGCAACCCGUGGCGGGUGGAUCAGGAGAUUGCAUCGAAAUGGUUCAUGGGAGGAUUGGAAGAAAUUUGAAAGCAAUACUUUGCUUGGAAUCGCAACACCUAAACGAGACGGUCUCAUUGUUUGUGAUGCCGACAAGGGUUUGCUUAAGUUUACAGAUGAUGGUGUAACAGUUCUUGCAUCACAUGUAGGUGGUUCUGAAAUCAGGUUUGCAGAUGAUGCGAUUGAAGCAUCGGAUGGAAGUAUCUAUUUUAGUGUAGCAAGCACUAAAUAUGGACUCCACGACUGGACUCUGGAUCUUCUAGAGGCAAAACCUCAUGGCCAGAUUCUUAAAUAUGACCCAUCAACUCAACACACCUCCAUUUUAUUAGAUGGUUUGUACUUUGCUAAUGGUGUUGCACUCUCCAAAGAUGAAGAUUUUCUUCUUCUAUGUGAAACGUUCAGAUUCAGGUGCCUGAAAUACUGGUUGAAAGGUGAGAGUAAAGGGAAGACGGAGGUUUUCGUGGAAAACCUCCCGAGUGGACCCGAUAACAUCAAUCUAGCACCGGAUGGUUCUUUUUGGAUCGCUUUAAUCCAGAUAGUUCCUCAAGGCAUGGAGUUUGUGCAUACCUCCAAGGCAUUGAAACUGAUCAUAUCGAAUUUUCCGAAACUGGUAGAACUCGUCCAAAGUGGGGUAAAGAAGAAGGCAACGGUGAUCAAUGUGGCAGCUAACGGUAACAUAAUCAAGAGGUUCGAUGAUCCCGAUGGAACGGUUGUUUCAUUUGUGACAUCUGCGUUGGUGUUUGAAGAUCAUCUUUACUUGGGCAGUCUCAAGAAUGACUUUGUAGCAAAAUUUCCACUAAAAUGAAAUUCACAAUGUGAUAAAUGUUCUUUCAAAUAAACUAAUCCUCAAAUCCCAGAAAUAACAUGAAUUUUAAAGUUUCAAGCAGUAA